AUGGAUCCCUACAAAGUACCUUCAAAGCUUGACCCUGAUACAAUAUAUACCGUAACUGAGAAAGAUCUUCAAAAAUCUCAUGAAUUUGUCAAGUUACUUUAUGUUGCGGGAGCGAAAGAGACUAAAAAAUCUCGUAUUAUGAAACCAAAUGAACAAGUUCACAAACCUUCUGGUCUUACUAUUUACUCUUGGAAAACAAAUGAUUGGAAUUACAAAAAAGGUAUUCUUCCUACAAAAGCUCGCGGUUUAUUUACAAGAGUUACAGAAAAUCAUAAACAUGAAAUUUUGAUACGGGGAUACGAUAAAUUCUUUAAUGUUAAUGAAUGGGAAAACAUUUAUGCAAAUACCAAAAGUCCUUAUGAAAUCACACAUAAAGAAAAUGGAUGUAUAAUUUUCAUUAGUGGUCUUCCUGGUGAUCACAUAUUAAUCACUAGCAAACAUUCACUUGGAGAAAAACAAAAACCUGAUGAAAUUACUCAUGCUGGUAAGGGCGAGGAAUGGCUUAAUAAGCAUCUAGAAAAAGUGGGAAAAAGCAAAAAAGAUUUAGCAAGUUAUUUAUAUAAAUAUAAAUUAACCGCCGUGGCCGAGCUCUGUGAUGAUAGUUUUCAAGAACAUGUCCUUGAAUAUACUCCUGAACAAAGUGGUCUUCGUCUUCACGGAAUUAAUUAUAAUCUACCUGAACUCAAAACAUGGCCUAUGAAUUAUGUUACAGCAUUUGCCGAAGAAUGGGGUUUUCACAAAACAAAAUAUUCUAUUAAUAAUUUUAUCCCAGACAACAUUAAAGAAAAAAAUUCGGAAGAACAUAAUAUCGAAGGGUUUGUCAUUAGAACAAAAUUAAAAUCUAGUAAUGAAGAUUUUUUUUUCAAAAUCAAAAAAGAACCAUAUCUUUUGUAUCGUGAGUGGAGAGAGAUUACAAAAGCUCUUUUAGCAAAGAAAAAUCCAAGACCAACCUAUAAACUGAGUAAACAUUAUAUCGAAUGGGUAAAAGAAAAAAUGAAAUCUGAACCUUCCCUCUUUAAAGAUUAUACGCAUUACCGUGGAAUUAUUCGUAUAAGAGAUUUGUUUCUUGAAUAUUGGGAAAAUCAGGGUUUUAAAAAAAGUUUCGAAAAGAUUUCCGAAAAGAAGAAAGAACCAAAACCUAAACAAUAUAAAAAAACUUUAAUUGUUCCUAUUGCAACAAAUGAUGAUAUUCAAAAUCGUUCUAAAUUCCACGACGCUAUUAUAAAGCAAUUUGAAGAUAUCAACGUUGUAUUUGCAGAUAGGAAUAAUCAUUUGAUUAAUCAUCGUGAGACUUUGAUAAAAGCUGUUAGGGAUGCUUUCCCCAAUGAUGUCCGAACCAUAGCGAUUUAUUGGGAUCAUCAUAAAUAUGAUUUUGAACGUAUUUCGGAAAUAACCUCUGAACGAAUUAGUAGUCGAGGGAAUAAUCACCAAACACUUAAAGCAGAAAAUCCAAAGUUAAAUGAAAUCAUAUGGAGAUUCCUCAAUGAAUUUGAGCCAUUAGGAAACCAUGAAAUGUGUAAUUUAUUCGAUCAUGCGAUUGAAUUGGAUAUUCUUGAUAAUACCGAAACCAAUCUCAUGAAAGUUAUCGAAAAGUUGCAUUCAAUUAUUGGAAUUGAAAUUCCUAGUGAAGAGCGUAUUAAAGCUGUGUUGAAAGAAGCAAACAAUUACACGCCAGAAAUUCAUAAAAUUGUUAGUAAGAAUGUCGACAACAAAGUAUACAAAAUAUUGAAAGAUAAUAAUCGCAUCAUUGUUGAACCUCAUGUUACACUCAUUCAUAGAUCGGUUAAGAAACUAUAUCAAGAUUAUUGGGAGAAAUGUAAAGUUAUGUGCGCCGGGGAACCACAGGAGGUAAAAGUGUAUAUCGACAAGUUAGUUUUAACUAACGAACUAAUGACUUUUGUUGUCAAGAAAACGGAGCCUGAAGUUGAAUGCAAAAAUAAAGUUCCACAUGUUACUGUAGGAACAAUCAACAAAAAAAUAAAGCCCUCUAAAUCCAAUGAGGUUUUGGAAAAUUCACUUAUCAAUGGUAUAACAAAGAAUAUGGAAAUUGUUCAACUUGAUUCGGAGCUAAUUUUAACGGGCAUCAUUAAGAAAUUCCAAUAA